AUGAAAAAUGAAAAUGAAUAUAAAAAUAUCAUUCAUGAUAUUGGAUACGAUCCAUUUUUUGUACAUUACAACUGCGCUGAACAAGUUCAUAUUUAUCGUAGUUACAGUUGUACCACAGAAAAUCCAAAAUUAGUGAUCGAUGCAACUGGAUCUGUCGUAAAAAAUUUUUUAAAACUAGGAUUGGUUAAAACGAAGUUUAUAUUUUUAUACGAAGCUCUUGUUUACGAUCGUCAAAAAAAUCAAAAUUUCACAGUCAUUAAUAUGAUAAGCGAAAGACACUGCAAUAUUGCCAUUUCCAAAUGGCUUUUAAAAUGGACCAGUACUGAUGUUAUAAAACCAAAAGAAACCGUCUGUGAUAAUUCUGUAGCUCUUCUUUCUGCAAUUGUCAAGAGUUUUACACAAUAUUCGUCUUUACAAGAUUACGUGAAAGUUUGCGCAGAUCUUCUCACAAAUGAAAUAACUCAAACUUCAUAUUUCGUUCCCAAAUGCUUCGUAAAGGUUGAUUUCGCCCAUUUCAUAAAGAUUUGUAGCAGAUGGACACCAAUAAAAACUGUUCCCCGAAGUGUAAAAGAAAUUGUUCUCCGUUCUAUUGGACUCUUAAUAAAAAGCCAAUCUAUAGUAGAAUUACGGUCAUUGCUACUGUUGGGUACGAUAAUAUCAGCGCUUGACGGAUGUCGCGGUGAACUUGUGAUCCCGCCCCGCGAUGUUUAUGUCAACGAACCGGUCGCGCUUACGUCGUUUCGCACGUUGAUCAUUACCGUGCACCCGGCGUUGCCUCUUUUUAACAGUACUCUUAUCUUAUGA